GAGGGAGCAGUGGUUUCUAUUUUCCACAUGAAAGCUAACCUAAUAGCAGCAAAAUCUUCCAUCAAACCUCAACAGGAUCAUGGCUGUCUAGGCUUGAUUAAGAAUGUCCAAGUUCAAGCAAUCAUAGGAACAGAAAAUUCAAUGCAGGCAAACUUCGUCAAAGUUAUUAGUGCCAUUGUCGAAGCCUUCGACUGGAGAGAAGCCGUCCCUAUAUAUGUAGAUAAUGAGUUUGGAGAAGGGGUUAUACUUUACUUGAUCGACGCCUUGGAAGAGGUUAAUGCUCAGACUAGAGUUUUCAUUGUUCAUAUGACUCCUGAACUUGGGUCCCUGGUUUUCGACAAAGCAAAAGAGAUUAGAAUGAUGGGUGAAGGGUAUGUCUGGAUAAUAACUGAUGGGAUGACUAAUGUUUGGAGUCUGGUGAAUCGUUUAGAUAUGGAUUCCAUGCAGGGUGUUUUGGGUGUGAGGACUUACAUUCCGAAGUCAAAAGAGUUAGAUAGUUUUAAGGUUAGAUGGAAAAGCAAGUUCUUGCAGGAUAAUCCUAGUUAUGUUAAUGCUGACUUAGAUAUUUUUGGAUUACGGGCUUAUGAUGCUACAUUUGCACUAGCCAUGGCAGUGGAGAAACUUGGCACUACAAAUUUCAACUUUGAUGGGUCGAAUGCUUCUACAAAUGCAAGAAAUGAUCUUGAAUCUUUUGGGGUUUCUCAAAAUGAUCCAAAACUCAUGCAACUUUUAUCGAAUACAAGAUUUAGAGGCCUAAGUGAAGAAUUUGGUUUCAUAAAUGGACAACUUGACUCCUCUGUUUUCCAGAUUAUUAAUGUAAACGGAAAUGGUGAAAGGGGGUUGACUUCCGGACACCGAAGUGAUUCCCAGGUCGUUCCAAAAGGCUGGGAGAUUUCGACGAAUAGAAAGAGGUUAAAGAUUGGAGCUCCGAAGAAGAAUGGAUUCAGGGAAUUCGUCAGUGUACCACCUGGUACGAUCCCUAAUUCAAUAGUCAUCUCCCCCGGUUAUUGCAUAGAUGUCUUCAAAGCUGUCAUGGAGGUAAUGCCAUAUGCAGUCUCCUAUCAUUUCUAUGCAUUUGAAAAGCCCGACGGCGAGAUGGCCGGUGAUUACAACGACCUGAUCGAUCAAGUCUUCUAUGGGGUCACUAGUGGUUGCUUCUUCGUCUUCAUUGGAUUUGCCAUCUGGGUUCUUGAACAUAGAGUCAAUGAAGAUUUCCGCGGAUCACCUUGGUAUCACAUUGGAACCAGCCACUGGGAGAGGAUAGUGAGCAAUCUAGCAAGGUUUGUGGUGGUGAUAUGGUGCUUUGUGGUCCUCAUUCUCACUCAAAGUUACACGGCCAGAUUAGCUUCUUUUUUGACAGUUCAACAGUUGCAACCAACGGUGACCAACGUAAAUGAGCUGUUGAGGAAAAAGGAGAAUGUUGGGUAUCAAGAUGGCUCCUUCGUCCAGGGAAUCGUUCAGAGGUUGGGAUUCGAUCCGUCCAAGAUGAAGAACUUUAGUUCAACUGAAGAUCUCAAUGAACUUUUCACCAGGGGAAGUGCCAACAGCGGUAUUGCAGCUGCUUUUGAUGAAAUUCCCUACAUGAAACUGUUUCUUGCACAAUAUUGCAAUUACACCACCUUGGAACCAAUUUUUAAGACUGAUGGCUUUGGAUUUGUCUUUCCAAAAGGUUCUCUUGUAGCGGAUGUUUCGAGGGCAGUCUUAACUGUCAUAGAAGGUGAUAGAAUGAAGCAAAUUGAAAAGGCAUGGUUCACAAAACAAACCAGUUGUUCUGAUUCAAGUACCUCGGUUUCUUCUAGUAGUCUGGGUCUUGGAAACUUUUGGGGCCUUUUCCUCAAUACCGGAGUUGCGGCAGUAUUAGCUCUUAUCAUCUUUGUCUUUGAUUUUCUGUACAAGCAUAAGGAUGUCUUGCGCAACACUGAAAUUUCAAUCUGGGAUAGAAUCCUUGAAAUGUUAAAAAUCUUUGAUGAUAGAUAUCCGAACGCGCAUACCUUCAAGGAGACUGAAAUAAGAGAGGGAGGCCACAAUAUGGCGUUCGAAUUAGAGGUGCUUAAGUCCCCGCUGAAGUCCCCGCUUAAGUCCCCGUUGAAGCCCCUGUUGAGGCCCCUGUUGAGGACUUUCAAUCUCAAGAGUUUCUUGAUAGUAGCAGGCAAAUGGCUUUGGCAGCAGCAGGCAGAUGGCUUCGGCAGCAGCAGGCAGAUGGCUUCGGCAGCAGCAGGCAGAUGGCUUCGGCAGCAGCAGGCAGAUGGCUUCGGCAACAGCAAACCAGCAGUGCAGUGGAGAGAAUGGGAUCUAAGAUGGUUCGACCAGUGCGAAGGAGAAAAUAAGGGGUGGCAGAAGGUGAGCAUUGGGAAGGGCAAGGGCAAAAUUGUAGAAGGGUGGCAAUGGAAUGGAGGGAAUUCAGAUGGCAGAGCCGCAUAAGAGAAGGAGAGGGAAAGCCAGGGAAGGUGAAUGGACUGGGUUAAUUUUUAUGGAUUGAGUUAAUUUUUAUGGAAUGGGUUGGAUUGGAUUGGUUAAAAUUGGGUUAAGUUUAAUUUUGAUUGAAUUGGAUUUGAAUUUGAGUUUGAAUUUAAAGAUUGAAUGAAAUAUAAAAUAAAAUUAAUUUAUAUUC